GUUGAGAUUUUGAAAUGCCAGAAAUGGAUCAUAAAUGUUUAUGAACGAUUUCUUUAUGAAGUACUUCUCCUAUUUGCAGCCAAGUUCCAACAUAAUAAAAAGUACUACAGCUUUUCAAAAACAGGAAGUGAAACUGUGCAAGGCUGUACUUUAGGCCAUUCUUGUCCCUUGCGGCCUUGCAUGGGAAUGUGGACUGUCAGUCCUGUGAUGCACAGCCACUAAGUUCAUUCAUUUGACACUCUGACUCUGUAUCUGAGUUUCUCUUCUGUAAAUUUGGCUGCUUCCAAAUCUUUAAGUGAAGCGAUCGACUGCUCAUCAUGUCGUCCAGAUCGCAACGUUCCCGGGGCCGUGGAGAGACUUCGAGAGUGGACGUCACUGAGCCCACAGUUAUUGCUGAGGAGGAUGACGAAGAGAUCGAGGACCUGCUGCACGAGGUUACUGAUGAUAUACAGCACGGAGAGCGUGAGGUGGAUGACAUGGACGUUGAUGCUGAAGAACCAGUUGGUCAGGAUCGAAUCUCGGGCCAGCUCCGGAGUAGCUUGGCUACACAGAAGAAGUCUUACAGGCUGGGCCAACUCGUUGGCAAGAAAGGCACACCGUCGCAAAUCGUGCUAGAUGCACGAUUAACAAGUCGUUUGAACACUCUGACCAUGAAACCGAUAAGCGAAAUUAGACCGACUCCAUCUAUUUGGAACGCCAAGGUGUUCUCCAAACGGCUCCGCGAAAUUCUUCUCAUCCGAAGUCGUAGUGCUGAUGAAGAGGACGACGAACCCGCAGAUGAUGAGAAAUUGCAGCUGGAUUUGAAACGGAUGAAACUGUUUGUGGACGACUUUGCCUCGCAAAUCGCACCAGGUCUCGCACCGAAUUUGACGGUUGUCUAUGGAGCCUACAGCACGGCCCCUCCUAAACCGAAACCCACGAAGACCACCCAAGCCACCCAGAAGGAGAAGGACAAAGAACCAAAAGAGCCAGCACAAGUGGUUAAAAAGCUGAAAACGACCGAAAUGAGCGCGUCGCUGGAUCCCACGAUGGAGCGUGUCAAUAAGCUGUACGAGUACAUUCAGAACAUUUACUCUCAAAACAGAACUCAAAUGGAUGUCAUGAGCAUCUUGGUGGAUCGGGAAUCCUUUCCCAAGACCGUGGAGAAUUUCUUCUGCUUUUCCUUUCUGUUGAAAGACAACAAAGUACGCAUGUUUCUCGAUGAUCAUAGUUUGCCCGUGUGUACGCCGGUUGAAACUUCCAAACCGGGAGCUGAUGACGAUGAGAGCAUGGAGGUGGUUCCCGAUCCAGUGGGCGAUAAAGCCGCCGAUGAUAAAUUCCAGAUCAUCAUGAUGGAUCUGACAGAAAGCUCGUGGAAAAAGUUGGUGACGCUCAUACCUGCCCCCGUUGAGGGAUGAGCCGUACGAGGACAUAAGAACUACCUUAGUUCUCUGAUUGAUUCCGGACCAAAUUCCAUGUUCAACUGGAGAAGAAGUGACAUUUUCGAUUUCAUAGUGGUAACACCUUGAUGGUGGCGGUGGUUGUACUACAUUUACCGCUAACCAGGUACAACCCAGCUCUCGUUUGUUUUUUAAGAAUGCUAUGGACGUUCAUCUGAUGCCAUAAAAGAAUUGUGUAUAGUAAUAAUUUUGUGAUGAUUCCUAGUUUUUCUGCUUUGGUAGACAUGACAAAGACUGACAAACGUUCCUCCUUUUUUGCUGGCUUAUUGAAGUAAUCUUAAUGGCUUCGGAAAAUCGUUGCAAUAUAUUACGAAAAAUUAAAUUCGUUUCUAUGGAACAG